CAUCGAGUGUCUAAGCGCCGGUUUUCUAUUCAAUCGUUUAUUCACCGAUGUGCGAUGGAUUCCGAAUCAAACCUCAAACGGAUAAAGUUAGAGCCUGGUGGGUCUGAUGCUGGACCAGCAGAAGUGAAGGAAGAAACUCUCGACCCGGUCUCCGUCCACGAAAUCGAAGACACCAUCAUGAAACUCUGUGAAAGUCAGAGGGAAGGAAUCAAUGAUAGUGUUAUGCAGAUUGCCAUGCCAUUCGUGAAGCCUCCACAAAGGGCCAUGGCCAUAAACAAACUCUUGGCCAAGGGGAAAAUUGAGAUCCUCAAGCAAGGAGGGAAGCUCUUGUACAGAUUCGUAGAUCAGGAUAAAACUCGGGGUUGUGAGAGAGAUGAGCGGGUCGUUUUUCAAGUCAUCGAACGCGCUGGGAACAAGGGCAUCUGGAUCCGAGACAUACGCAUCUUUUCCGGCCUGGUGCUUGCUCAACUCAGCAAGGUUCUUAAAAGUCUCGAAGUGAAGAAGCUCAUCAAAUCCGUCAAGUCGGUAUCGGCUGCAAAGAAGAAGGUUUACAUGCUGUACGAGCUCGAGCCCGAUCGAUCGAUCACUGGCGGCGCGUGGUAUUCCGGCCAAGAUUUCGAGUCAGAGUUCGUCGAUAUCCUCCAGCAACAAUGCCUGAGGUUCCUUGUUCACAAAGCGAAGACUGCUUCGGAGAAGUUCCAAGACGACUUCAUCAACAUGAGGAACAAUGCAGUGGCCAGCACCGAAGACGUUUGGAAUUUCAUCAAACAACUGGGGAUCUCGAAAGUUCAAUUGGACGUCGGCGACAUAGAAGUGAUCUUGAAUACGCUACAUUAUCAGGGCAAAGUCGUACGAUCUAUAAGCUCGGAGAAAAUCGGUGAUUCUAACGAUCAUCUGUCUCUAUGGGCCUCUCUUGAUCACAGCACUACUUCGAUGGCAAUCUGUAAUAUCCCUUGUGGCAAAUGCAUGGUGCGACAUGACUGCAGCGUGAGCGGCGUUCGGAGACCUUCUUCUUGUGCAUAUGUGAAAGAUCUUCUGAAGGAUAUCGAGGAUCUGGAGUUGAACUCUCAAGAAGAAUUGAGCUUGUCGGGACCGAUAUGUGAUUCGUUGCUUGACUACUGACCUCGGCUUGCAUUAGACUUUCAGAAUAUCCGCUGUCCGAGCCGAAUAGGUCCUCGGAAUUCCCAUCUGUACAGUCUUACCUCGCUUCUACUA